AUGCUGGAGCAGCGUAAGCGGCACCUUUACCUUGUGUUUGAUGACUGGAACUCUGGAUACUCCAUCCGCAAGGUGAGCUUGUCGCGCCGCUCAGGCAAACGCCGCUCUGAGCAAUCAUCCGAUUUAGGAGAAGACUCUGAGCAGCCCGCCUUAUCGUCCGGCCCAGGCAAAGGCGCUAAGCCGCCCUUGCCGCUAGUUUUCAUGCGCGUCUCAGCUCCGCAUGGGUUUCCCGGGUUAUUCACGUCAGCCUUUGGGCCCAAGGUCAUGGUGAUGCAUCCAGGCGCAAAUAGUCAUGAUUCCUUCAUGGGUGUCCCAACUAUCGAUGUCCAGGAUCGGACCAUCACCUUUGAACCUCAACCAAACACUCCGGCUGCUCCAAUCUACAUCCCCAUCAGUGAUGAUAGGCUAUUCGCUCUGGAUAUUGGCACAUUUGAAAUCCUCCGGAAGCCGGAACGUAGUGGACAACCGUGGGUGUGGCAAAAACUCACUCCUCAUCCGUUCGGGAUUGGGGAUGUCUCCUUCACUGGCGUGCAACCUGAUGGAUGCAUCCUCUUGAGUGCCAAGAGGGUGUCACCUUCAUCUUUGACACCAAGGAGUAUGUGUGGAAAAGAUACGGUGAUUGGGUGUUCCCCUUCACCGGCCGUGGAUGGACACUAUGACCCCUCGCUGUAG